AACAAAAUCACCGAAAGAAAAGAAGAAAGAAAACUUCUGACUUGUCACUCCUACUAAGUUUAUGCUACAGGUUGAACCCUGCACGAACUAGUAACCGCCAGAGAGAGAGAGAGAGUGAGAGUGAUUAGAGGUGGUGGAGGUAUCAUGUGAUGGCGCUACGGUACAUCGCAUCAGCACCACCGCCACUCCAGCUGUGGUUUCAGUGUUUUAAGUUAAACCGACGAUUAUUUGCAGCUGGACGCAUCAAGCAUGGCUUUACGAACGAUUGAAAGCAAAAAUAAUGUUUCUGAAGUAAUCCAGCAAUUGAUGCACAAUGUCAAUGAUGAAGAGCAUCAAGCUCACCAUAUUUUCUGUGAAAUGGAUGUUCUACACAGAGAAGGGGAAGCUAUUGAAUGGAAGGAGAGUGCCAGAUGGGUGAAAUAUGAAGAAGAUGUGGAAGAUGGUGGUGAGCGCUGGUCAAAACCUCAUGUAGCAUCUCUGUCAAUGCAUGCAUUGUUCAGUCUGAAGAAAAGUAUCAUAGAUGGUGCUGUCCUUUUGGAUAUAGAUGCCAGUGACAUUUCUUCUGUGAUUGAUCAAGUCAUCACUACUUGGCAGCAACAUUCUGGCAUGACAAAAAGCAACGAGAGAGAGAGAGCCAGAGAUGUACUACUGAAACAACACAAACAUCUGUAUGCCAAGAGACGUUACAAAGCCAACCUAGAGAAACUGCGUUCUGUUCGCAGUCUUUAUGACUUGCAUCAUUCUCAUGUGGAAUCCAAAAGUUUGGAUAAUUUAAAGUCUGUGAGCAGCAACCAGAGUUUAGACAGUGGGGUGACCAGUGGAGAAUCUGGUGAAAUACAUCCAAACAAAGGAAACCUACAUUUUAUGCGAAAGAUUCCAAAAGAUGCUGAAGUUGCCAAUAUGAUGGUUGGAGAACUAGAGUCCCUUUCUAAGCAAUAUUUAGCUUUUGUCAGGCUCCAUAAAUCCCGGAUUAUUGGAGAAUUGACAGAGGUUACACUACCAACCAAAUUCCUUUUUAUCUUGCUGUCUCCAGUUGGGCACAAGCAUGAAGUGCAAGAAAUUGGAAGAAGUAUGUCCACAAUGAUGGUUGAUGAGAUAUUCCGUGAAGUUGCAUACAAAUGUCGCAAUAAGUCUGAACUAGUGGCAGGAAUUGAAGAAUUUAUGGUACAAGGAACUGUUUUGCCACCCGGGGGCUGGGAUCCUAAAAUCAGAAUUGAACCUCCGUUACGAGUGCCUUCCCAGCAAAUGCGCCGAAAUUCAUCAGCUUCAUCUCUUAAAGAAGUUGAAGAAGUAGAAGAAGACCAUUUCGAUCCAACUCUUAUAAGAUCUGGCAGGAUUUUUGGAGGUUUAAUUAAUGACUUUAAACGAAAAUUACCUUGGUAUGCCAGUGAUUUCAAAGAUUGUCUUCAUGUCCAAUGUUUGGCUUCAGUGAUUUUCUUAUUUUUGGCAACAUUUACUCAAAAUGUCACUUUUGGUGGAAUUCUUGGCGAUAAAACCAAUGGCUAUAUGGGGACAAUGGAAUGUAUUUUGACAGCAGCUCUCUCUGGUGUGGUAUUUGCCUUAUUUGCAGGUCAGCCUUUGAACAUUCUAGGCAGCACAGGACCAAUGUUGGUACUUGAAACAAUUAUUUACCAAUUCUGUCAAGAUAAUGACUGGGAUUUCAUGCCACUCCGUUUCUGGGUGGGCAUGUGGACUGUGCUGAUCUUGUUGAUUGUUGUUGCAUUUGAUAUGAGUGCAUUAGUAAAAUACAUAACUCGCUUCACAGAAGAGAGCUUUGCUUGUUUAAUCGCCAUCAUCUUCAUUGUUGAAGCAUUUGACAAACUUGCUGAUAUCGGUACAGAAAUUGCACCAAUGAAUGUCAACCCAGAUGUUCCGAUAUCUGACAACUGUAGCUGCUUCUUUCAAAAUAGUUCACUUGCUGUGGCAACUUCUACUAAUAAAACUACUUGUGACUCUAUAAAUGGAACGCUGAAAGGGGAUGGAUGCAAUCCUCCAUACAAAGACAAUGUUUUCUUGAUGAGUAUUUUACUGUUUCUGGGAACCUUCACUAUCUCUAUGGCACUAAAAAUGUUUCGUGCCGGAACAUGUUUUCCAACAAUUGUACGACAAAUUACCAGUGACUUUGCUGUGUUCAUCGCAAUUAUAGUGAUGUCUGGCACAGAUGCCGCAGUUGGUCUGGACACACCAAAAUUAAUAGUUCCUACAAAGUUCCAACCAACUGAUCCAUCAAAACGUGACUGGGUCAUCAACCCAAUUAGUAGCAAGAAUCCAUGGUGGUUAUAUAUUGCAGCCUGCUUACCAGCACUUUUGGCUUCCAUUCUGGUAUUUUUAGAUCAGCAAAUAACAAGUGUGAUUGUUAACCGUAAAGAAAAUAAGCUUGUGAAAGGUGGUGGUUAUCAUCUUGAUAUGUUGGUGGUAGCAGUUUUGAUUGGUCUCUGUUCUUUGUUUGGUCUACCUUGGUAUGUUGCUGCUACAGUGUCUGCUCUGGCGCACAUAAUGAGUUUGAAGAGAGAAUCGGAGUGUAAUGCUCCUGGAGAAAGACCAGUUUUCUUGGGUGUUCGGGAACAAAGAGUAACAGCCAUUUGUGUCGGCAUCUUAAGUGGUCUGUCUGUCCUGCUCACAUCAAUUCUCAAGAUUAUUCCUAUGCCAGUAUUAUAUGGUGUAUUCUUGUAUAUGGGUGUAGUAGCUCUCUCUGGUAUGCAACUGAUGACUCGACUUCAACUGUUUCUCGUACCAAAGAAGCACCAGGAAGAUCUUCCAUACCUACGUCAUGUUCAACUCUUUCGUGUACAUAUUUUCACAGUAAUUCAAGUUAUAUGUCUUGCAAUACUUGUGAUUGUGAAGAGUAUAAAGACUAUAUCCAUUGCUUUUCCUUUGAUGGUCUUGGCUACAUGUGCUGUAAGGAAGAUGUUAGAUUUUGUCUUUACUCAAAGAGAACUGAAAUGGUUGGAUGACAUCUUACCAGGAAAACAUCAAGAGAAACCUAAAGAGAAAGAAGAAUCUCAACCAAAAGAUAUGCCAACAGAGCUUGAAGAAGAUGAACAUUCUACUAAUAAAAAGGCUAUCUUCUAUAUAUCCAGUGACAAUACUAAGUUAUGAGUUGAUCUACAAAACUUCUUGUAAUAUAUUUAGACUGCUUACAUCUUGAAAAUUUCGGAUUUAAGAAAUCCCUUCCACUACCAUCCCCACCAAGACUGAUGUUUAGUGGAAGGGAUUUCUUGACUCUGCAAUAGUCCAGUUUAUAUAGAUUUUAAAGAAUUUUCAAUAUUCCUGAUCUUCCUUUUAAUAAGUAGGUUUAAACUACUACACUUACUGAUUUUAAACUGUUUGAAAAAGAUUUUGUAAUUGCUUUGUCAGAACAGGAAAGAUAUCACUAGUUAGCUUUUAUAGGACCUUUGAGACUGGUUAAAAGGGGAAGAAGGCAUUAUCCUGAGGCUAGAGGCCUGAUGGCCUGACCAGGGUACUUACUACAAAGUGUACUCCAAUGGCUACAUUGUGCUGUUAAACUGAACAACUGUUUUACAAGUGUAAAUGUUUUAAAAUGCUUAAGUGAGCAAUGUAAAUAAUUAAAACGAUUUAAUUAUUUCAAACUCUUUAAUUAGACUCUUGUUUUAAACUAUUUAAUUAGAUAUGUAAUUAUUUCAAACUCUUUGAUUAGACUCUUGUUUGAGGUGUGGGAACAAAUUUUCAAACAGUCUGUAGUAAAUAUAAAGAACAGCUUUCAGGAACAAUAGUUGUUUAUUGGGGCAGAAUGUUGUGGAUUUUUUUCUAUCGAAGUAUGAUAGGCUAAAAAAUUUUUUUUUUAUUUUACAGUCAACAACGAGGGUUGCUAGGUAUGCAAAUGAGAAUCUAAAAGUUAAUAAAUACAUUGAUAAGAUCCAGGCUACAUUUAAUCAAGAUACUCUUGGCCUGACAAGUAGCCUGUAGUAUACACCUCACUUGGAUAUUUAUCACUUCCGCAGUUCCACUUGCUAUGUAACAUAGGUAGCCUGUAUUUUAUCUACUCCAUUCCUUAACUUGUGUGUAUAUAUAUAUAUAUAUAUAUAUAUAUAUAUACAUACAUAUACAUACAUACAUACAUACAUACAUAAACACAUACACAUACAUAGGUGUGUGUGUGUGUAUAUGCAUACAUGCACAUGUAGACAUGUAUGCAUACAUAUAUAUGUAUGUGCGCAUGUGUAUCUAUACAUAAAAUGAAACAUAAAUUUAAUAUUUCUUUUAUGCAUUUCUUGAAUUGAUAAUCAAUGAUGGCAAAUUUUAAAUGUGAUUUAUAAAGAGCAUUUGAUCAUACUAAGUUCAACAUUAGACAGGGUCAAAAUACAAAUCACAAACAUCCUGAUAUUUUAUAAAAAUACCUGAGGGAUACAUGAUGACCAAUCUGAGUGGGAAAGGUGAGGUGGGAUGACGGUGUGGCUAUAACAAUAAGUGUAUUUAGUGACUUAAUAAUAUGAAGGAAAACAAUUGUACAGGAUUAUAGUCACUAUAUACAAUGUAGAGGAAGUUGUCAGCAGAAUAUUUGACUUACACAGAACAGAAAGUAUAGCAAGACACAAAGCAAUCCACUUACAGCAUUUGUGUGGUGUGUAGAUAAGUAGAUAUAAAGUGUGUAGUGUCAAUUAUUUCUCAAUCUUUCUUCUCACUUUUUACUUAUUGUUUCAUCCUUAUGUAAUUAACAUAAAAAUAAUGAAAAGCAGGCAUGCACAAUGUAUGUAUGAGUGCACACUUUGGUAUAAGUCUGAUGAAAUGCCGUUCCAAUGUAACCAACUGCAAAUACUGUGUAAGUUUUCACAUUAAACCAUUGUUUAAUGAAGUGGCACUGAAACAAAUGAUUGCAGCGAGUACGAAGGAUGUGCUAAAAUCAAUCUUCAUUGUCUGAUUUUAUUCUUUGUGAAACCCAUACAUUGGUUUUAUUGGUGAUGUUACCUGGAAUUUCUACAUCGAUGGACUUUCAAUUUCCACUCAUGAUUCCAAUGUAAAGGUGUAGAUAGCCAAGAAUUCAAGUUGUGUGCUGCACUGGAAAAACACUGUCUUUUUUAUCUUAAAACCUACAAUACAUACAUACCACCAUCAUAUCACAACACGAAAUGUCCAGCCGCUAAGCUAAGAAACUUCUCUAGUUUUUACUCGUUCAUCAUGCUUUUCAUUUAUUUAACAUGUAUUACUAACAUGCUAAAGUUCUUGAGUUAAAAUAAUUUUGUAAGCUGGAAAUCAUUACUUUCUCCAAGAACUUCUAGAAUUUUACCCCUUCAAAUACUUUUCACUCAGCAGGGAAGAUUCUUAUGAAUUAUAAUAUCCUAUCAUUAAUUCCUUCCUACAAUCUCUAUAUAUAUAAAAAAUAUAAAUAUAUUAUUUUGUAUUGAGUACGAAAGUGUGGCAUACAUUGAUACUAUCUUUGGACAGCUGUGAUUAACAGAUUAGAUGGUGAACAGAAAUAAAAUUUGGAUAAAAGCCUUCUUUGAACUGGUUUAUGACACUUUUAAAUAUUUUUUUGCUAUUUUUAUUCUCUUUUAAUAAAUCUCAAUUCAGUUAUUUUGUGUAUAAUACGAAACUAACUUAAAAUGUAAACGAAACGAAAUAAAA